AUGGGAGCCAGUAUAACGUCAGGCGACUUUAGUGAACAAGAUACUUUCAACAUCAGUCAGGAGGCAGUUUCUGAGAUGCUUUACACUCCGGCAGACACUGUCAUCAUAACCAUUAUCAUACCGAUCAUCUGGUGUCUUGGUGUCAUCAAUAACUCGACUUUCCUGUUUGUCAUGCUCCGCGUCCCCAAACUCAGAACAGGUACUAACGUAUACCUUGCACACUUGGCGCUAGCUGAUCUUCUCUAUUUGAAUCUGUACUUAGUGCUAGACAUUUGGAGAUAUACUGCCUCCAUUAUUGUUUUUGGCGAUCCCUUCGUGAAUUCUGCCCAGUGUAUUAGUUUUUUUGUCGUCGCUCAAACUGGCUACUUUUCGUCCAUUGCACUAGUAACCACAGUGUCUUUCGAGAGAUACCUUGCCCUGUGCCAUCCCAUCAAUCACCUCAAAAUCCGUGGACGAAGACGAACGUAUAGAAUGAUUGCAAUCUGCUGGAUGGUAGGCUUGCUGUUUGCUAUUUCUUCAAUGCCAAUGGUAGCAAAACUUAAAGUGCUAUGUCUGAAUUGGCCCGAUGAUGAAGCAUAUCUAGACUAUCCAUCAAGUGCAGCCUACUGUGAUAUUAUAGCACCGUGGGUAAACCACUACUUUCCACCUAUGAGGAACAUUCCUUGGCUUUUUUCAAUGGUAGCCAAUAUCUACUUGUAUGUUCAGAUCUUAAACACGCUCAUCAAACGUAGCGGUAGAGAUGGCGUCGCCAGUAACAACCCCAACGCUAAACAACUCCGAAACCAAGUUGCAAAGAUGCUGAUUGUUAAUGGCGUGGUGUUCUUCUUGUGCCAAACACCAUCCCGUAUCUUCACCUUGGUUAAAUGGGUCUGCACCCUGGCACAGAUUCCUAAUCCUUUAGUGGUUGGGAGAGGAAGAGGUAACAGAUGGAUAUCACUCAUUCCUCAGUACAUCAAUACAAUUAUUAAUCCCUUCAUCUACGCUGCAUCUAUGACCGCGACAUACCGUGCAGCGUUCAGAGAGGCAUUUUAGUGCAAAAAACAGCCCCGACAGCAAACUACCUCGACUCUCGCAAUAACUGCACCAGACCAGAGAAACGCAACAGUAGCAACCUCAGUCACGGAGGAGAACACUGAAACCGGUGAAACCAGUCUCUGA